AUGGCUAACUCUCCGCGCCAGCAAUUCCCCAGGCAGGAAGAUUGGCUGCUCCCCCAGGACUGGGGCUGGGGCUGGGAGAGCCCCUCGGACUCCACUUCUCCCACAUCCUCUUCUGAUUCCUAUAGCUCAUCCCCAUCCUAUGGACACCCAAGUACCACAGAAAGCCUUCCUCAAGCUCUAGACUGCCACCCUCCAGAGCCCCCUACUUCUGCCCCUUUCCAAAGGAACAGAAGGGAACGAGGUGGCCCCGCCAGUGGGCAGAGGCAGAGCGCCAGCGAGCGUGAGAAACUGAGGAUGCGCAACCUCUCACGUGCCUUACAUGAACUGCGGCGUUAUCUACCACCCUCAGUGGCACCUGUCGGACAGAGCCUGACUAAGAUUGAGACCUUGAGGCUGGCUAUCCGCUACAUUGGUCACCUGUCGGCCCUUCUGGGACUCAGCGAGGAGAGCCUAAGGCGCCGAAGGAGGGAAGGGACCAUGCAGAGCUGCCCACUCUGUCCUGACAGAUUGGGCUGCUGUCCAGACCAAACCCAGAGCCUCAGCUCACUCUCCCACGCUCCCAGAGCCUACUCUCCCCUGCUCCCUGAAGUCUGGGCAUCCCCACCUUCCUGCCGAUUAGUUCUGCCUCAGCCCAAGCAAUGUGGUGAGCAGAACCUCAAUUCCAGGUCUUGGGGUUCACUUUCUUGCUGCUUGGGAUCACCAACCAGGCCAGACCUGCCUGGAAGAAGACAUCAAGCUGUAGGAUUUGGGAAUCCUCCCCCUGUCUGCCCUGGAACACAGAUCCCACCCAAGUUACACUGGGAAAAAGCCACUGAUCCUGCUUCCUGGGCGAUAGCUCCACAUUCCUCUGAGUUCACUACUCUAUACCAGGUCAUCACCACCUCUCCGGAAUCCAGUUUACCAGCUCUCACAGGACCUUACCAGUCACAGCCCAUACCUCCGAGAUGUCAGCCAGAACUGUCAACACAGUGGGAUUGCUGGGGUUACAAUGGCCUGACUUCUAUACAGGAGUCAAACCCUUUACUCAUGUUCAGAGAGGACAGGUCCCCUGAGUGCUAA